GCAGGAGCAGCGGCAGCGGCGGCUGCGGCGGCGGCGGCCCUGGUCCUGGCCCUGGCCUUGGCCGUGGGCAGCCUACGUGCACGACGGCGAUCCGGCCACCUGCCCCGGCUCCACCCCGCGCAUCAGCAGGUCUCUGCUUCUUCUUGCCAUGCCUGAGGAGAUGGAUGGUGCCCCACCACUGCCCGGCUCCACCCUGUGCCCACCGUCUUACUAGAAACCCGGGAGCUGGCUGCGGCAGGAUGAACAUCGCGGCUGUAUUCAACGCCCUGCUGGUGUCCAUCCUCGCGGCUGUGUUGUGGAAGCAUGUCCGGCUCCGGGAGCACGCGUCCACACUGGAGGAGGAGCUGGCGCUCAGCCGCCAGGCCCAGGCGUUCCCCCAGGCCACCGUCGACUACCAGGCGGCCCUGCAGACCCUCCUGGAAGAGGGCACGCGCAUGGUGUGCACGGGCCGCACCCACACCGACCGCGUGUGCCGCUUCCGGGAGCUCUGCUACUCCGUGGAGGCCGAGGAGUUCAUCUUCUUCCACAGCAACGCCUCGCUCAUGCUGCCCAACCUGGGCCCCCGCCGCUUCCAGCCUGCGCUCCUGGACCUGUCCUCCGUGGAGGACCACAACACCCAGUACUUCAACUUCGUGGAGCUGCCCACCAGCGCCCUGCGCUCCCUGCCCGCACCACUCUUCAUGCCCGAGGUGGUGCUGAUCGCCAACCGCUUCAACCCCGACAACCUCAUGCACAUCUUCCACGAUGACCUGCUGCCCAUGUUCUACACCAUGCAGCAGUUCCCCGACCUCGACCAGGAGGCCCGGCUCGUCUUCAUGGAGGGCUGGGGGCCCGGGCUGCACUUCGACCUCUACCAGCUGCUCAGCCACAAGGUGCCCCUGGUGCGCGAGCAGCUGAAGAGCCUGGGCAGCCUCCUGUGCUUCUCGCAGGCCUACGUGGGGCUCUCCAAGGUCACCACCUGGUACCAGUACGGCUUCGUGCAGCCCCAGGGGCCCAAGGCCAACAUCCUAGUGUCGGGCGACGAGAUCCGGCGGUUUACGCGCUUCUUCACGGAGAGGCUGAAUGCCAGCGGGCCGGGGGGCCGGGGCCCCGCCGGGGAGGAGUACAUCGUGGUCUUCAGCCGCACCCUCAACAGACUCAUCUUGAAUGAGGCGGAGCUGCUGCUGGCUCUCGCCCAGGAGUUCCAGAUGAAGACCGUCACCGUGUCGCUGGAGGAUCACGCCUUCUCGGACGUGGUGCGGCUGGUCAGCAACGCCUCCAUGCUGGUCAGCAUGCACGGGGCCCAGCUGGUCACCGCCCUCUUCCUGCCCCGGGGCGCCGUGGUGGUGGAGCUCUUCCCCUACGCUGUCAACCCCGACCAUUACACCCCCUACAAGACGCUGGCCAACCUGCCCAACAUGGACCUGCGGUACGUGGCGUGGCAGAACACCAAGCAGGAGAACACGGUCACCUACCCCGACCGGCCCUGGGACCAGGGCGGCAUCGCCCACCUGGACCGGGCAGAGCAAGAGCGCAUCCUGCAGAGCCGCGAGGUCCCCAGGCACCUGUGCUGCCGCAACCCCGAGUGGCUGUUCCGCAUCUAUCAGGACACCAAGGUGGACGUCCCGUCCCUCCUCCGGGCCAUCCGAGGGGUGGUGAGAGCCAACCUGGGGCUUGGCGGGCAGAAGCGGGCAAACGGGCUGUACCCGAGCAAGGUGAGAGGGGCCAAGUGUCAAGCCUCCGUCCAGGGCGCCGCCGAGGCCCGGCUGAGUGUGUCCUGGCAGAUUCCCUGGAAUCUCAGGUUUCUGAAGGUGAGGGAAGUGAAGUACGAAGUGUGGAUCCAGGAGCAGGGGGAGAACGCGUACACGCCCUACAUCCUGACCCUCCAGAACCACACGUUCGCUGAGAACAUCAAGCCCUUCACCACCUACCUGGUCUGGAUCCGCUGCAUCUUUGGCAAAAGCCUCCUCGGACCUUUUGCAGAUGUGCUCGUGUGUAGCACGUAGCCCCGCGGGCACAGUCAGCAGGAGGAGGCCUGUCCACUUCACUUCCUUCCAGGACGGUCCAGAGAAUCUCGUAUUUAUUGAGAAGGUGGAAGAGAACGAGCCCCGCCCGCCCACUCCCACCCCCACUAGUGCCUCAGUGGUUGUUUAUUGCAUUUCCUGUGUGUGUAUUCUUGACUGUGACAAUACUCCUCCUCUCAGCCCGCCCCUCCACCUUUUCAGCAGCAACAAGCCCGCCCCAGCCCUCCUUCCAGCCCGGACUGUCCCCUCCACCGUUGCCAUUGAGUAUCUGUAGUCCUGGAAAAGUGACUGUGAAUUGAGUAGGUGGGCUCAAGCCCUGCAUAGGUUUAUGGGGACUGUGGGUGGUUACGUGGAAUAUUUCAUUAGCUUCUUCAUUGUGAAACUUACCCAAAUCCUACUUCAAGGAUAUGUUGUUGAGACGUUAAUAAAUGGUUGUGAGCAUCA